CACGUCGAGAGGAGAUAACACACUGGGGUAAUUGGGUCACAUGACGAUCCAUUGUAUUCUGUGUUGACACACAUUUUUCUCAGGGCUAUAUGGAUACAUAAAGGACUGACCAAAGGACAUUCCACAGUUAAAUUAAGAUGAAAGCGACUCGAUUAUGCAAUUCGUCGAGAUUCACCUUGGCCAUUCUGGCCUUCUUGGCCUUCUUCAACUUCUACAGUUUGCGCAUCAAUAUGAGUAUGACCAUUGUCUGUAUGGUCAAUCAUACAGCCAUUCUUCCUCGGGAUACAGAGACUUACGGGAACAUCACAAGUGUCAAAAACACAGACUGCGCCGAGCUUGAUCUGAACCAUUCCCGUUCCGCCAAUGGCUCUGAGAGUAGACUAGAGGAUGGAGAGUUCGUCUGGGACAAAGAAAGUCAAGGCCUCAUCCACGGGUCACUUUUCUGGGGCUACAUAGUGACCAAUCUGGCUGGAGGUAUACUGGCCACUAGGUACGGCGGAAAGCACGUCAUAGGACUGUCCUUACUUCUGGCGGCUGUACUGACCAUCUUGGUUCCAGUCGUGUCCAGAGCUAGCAUCAUUGGUCUGAUGGUGCUGCGAUUUCUUACAGGUGCUGCCCAGGGAUUUGUCUCCCCUGCAAUGCAGUCGUUAUGGACGCACUGGGCGCCCCCUCUAGAGAGCAGCCGUCUUCGAAGUUUUUGUUUUGCGGGAUCCCAGGUGGCCAAAGUUAUCACCUAUCCAAUCUCUGGUUUAUUGUGUGAGUAUGGCUUUGAUGGAGGCUGGCCAAGUGUCUUCUACUUACAAGGCCUGAUUGGUAUCCUCUGGUACAUUGCCUGGACAUUCCUGGUCUUCGACAGUCCAGCGCAGCAUCCCAGGAUAUCAGCAGAAGAACGAAUUUAUAUAGAAACAAGUCUAGAGGGCAUCGUGACAACUAACCACAAGAAGCAGCCUCCGUGGCAUUCCAUAUGGACCUCAGUACCCGUCUGGGCUAUCAUUGUGGCCCACACCUGCUCCAACUGGGGUGAGUACACCUUCCUCACCAACAUGCCAACGUACAUCAAGGAAGUUCUUCACUUUGACAUCAAAAAGAAUGGAUUGUUUUCUUCUGUUCCUUACUUGGCUGUGUGGGUUGUCAUCACAUCUUCUAGCUGGUUGGCGGAUCUAGUCCGAUCAAAAAAGUGGUUGUCUACCACGGGCACUAGAAAACUAUUUAACUCUAUUGGUAAACUACUUCCCGCGGCCAUGAUGAUUUGUAUCAGUUUUGUUGAUUGCAGUCAACCUGAGCUGGCCAUGAUUUUACUGACCCUUGGAAUUUCAUUGACUGGCUUCCAGUAUGGUGGGGGCCUGUAUAUGAAUGCCGGAGACAUCGCCCCAUCCUACGCUGGGGUCAUUUACGGUAUUUCCAACACUGCGGCCACCAUUCCUGGAUUUUUGGCUCCACUGACCAUUGGCCUCUUGACUCCGGAUCAAACACAGCACCAGUGGAGGAUGGUCUUCUAUAUUUCUGCAGCCAUCUAUGUGUUUGGCACUGUGGUAUUUGUGGCGUUCAGCGACGGCAACCUACAAGCCUGGGCCGCGGAGCAGACGUCACUGGGUGUCCUUGAACCUGAUGAGACCCUUGAGCUCAAAGAUAUUAGAGCAGCAGACAGUUCAGAAGGUCAAAGUAAUAAAUGUUAACCCUUACAACAUGUGCUCAGAAUGCCCCUAUAAGCGAGGCCAUUAUCAGUAGGAGCAAAAAGCCUUUAAAAUUGGCGGAUUUCUCAUCGGGGGUAGUAGUUGUAAGGCUUUGCAAAAGUCUCAAUAGAAUUUUUUUUUCAAGAGUUGUAACUGGGUGCCAUAUAGUGGCACAGGCAAUAAAUAAGUUAAUAGCUACUAUGUCCCCAAUGGAUGUUCGAAGUAGGAUUGUAACAAUACUGGACAUGUAACCAAAUCUUUGGCACCCUGGGCCCAUUUAAAAGCACAGUCGAGAUUGCUAGGAGUGUCAAGUGCCUCUGUACAGUGAGAUAUAGAUUCUUAUAUAACAACGAGGACAAGGUCUACUAAAUAUGUAACACAAAGCACUUAACUGCUUAGUCUAAACGUGUUUUCUCUAGACCAGUGGUUCCCAAACUAUUCCCUUAACGGAACACUUCGCACAUUUUGAGAAUUUAGUGAACACUUUGCUUAUUUUUUUUUAGAGAGAUUAAUUUACGAGAUGGGCCACUAGUUCAUUAUUCCAGUAGUUCCGCGGAACACAGUUUUGGAAGCACUGCUCUAGAGUCUAGACCAAACGUAUGUUAGCGCUGAUCAGUUAGAGGUUUUUGAAUUUGUCGACAGUGUUAGAGGAAGGAUCAGGUCGUGGACAUCCCCACUCUGUUAGUAAAUUCACCAGGUUGAUUUAUGUUUGAAAUUUACAUCAAUGUUUCAAUGUAAAUCAUCUGUGAUACUCAUAACACCAGGCUAAUUAAUUUUUUUUUUCAAUUUACGUCUAUGCUUGUCUGUAAAUGAGCAGCGAUUCCCAAACCACUUCACGCGGGUCCUGUACUGUCCGUAACUGGGUGCCAUCCUGCUCCUCGAUUCUUGACUACGGCCUACUCGACGUUUUAUUUGAAGUGACACGCGUAUCGGACGUUUUAUUUGAAGUGACACGCGUAUCGGACAUUUUAUUUGAAGUGACACGCGUAUCGGACAUUUAUCUGGCCCCAUGACCGAACUAGGUUGAGCAUCGUUGUUGUUGAGGUACUUAGAAAACAAAACAUGUUUAGAUGCCGCUCUUAUAAUGUCUCAUGUCCUGCGUGACGCACACUUAUGUAAAUUUCAAUGCCCUAUUUUUUAAUUCAUUUGUUGACCCUGUUUAAGCUCUUUCACAAUUCCAGUGUUCAUCUCAAAUAACUAAUGGAACUUUUUGGUCUAUACAUGGCUUGUCAGGUUUACUUAACAUGUAUUGUAAUUUUUUUAAAAUAAGUUUUUAACAGUUCUGAAGUCGUUGUCUUCCUAUUACAAAUACUUCCACAAAACGCCUACGCGUAAAAGAACUAGGAAAUAAACUGUCUCCUUAUGUCAUUGAACUCACCUUCAACUCUUAGGAUAUAAACAGUUUUCUUUAAUCACAAUUUAAAUUUCUUUUUUCAACAUUACAAACCAAACACAAAGUCCAUAAUUUGUUGGACAAGAAGUGAAAAUGUUAUUUAUUUUAUAUCAUGUUACACUUUAUUCUAGUCAGUAGCAUUUUUUUUACUCACUAGGCACUAUACAUACACUUGUAUGUAUAUAUUGGUUGUUAUUGUACAAAUCUGCUGAAAGCAAUGUUUGAUAUUUACAAAGGUUACAUCCCCUCAAUCCGUCUGUCUGUCCGUCUGUCUGUCUGUUUGUACACGUGAGUUAUUCCACUUCCCAGUCUCUUGUCAAGUUGAAACUUUGCACAAUUAUUUAUUGUCCUUAACAAAACAUGAAUCAAUCAAAACAUUAACCGAUUAUUUAAUUAAUCAAUGAUAAUUAAUUAAAUUGUUUGAUAUACAUCUUACAGUAUUUAAAUAUAUGAAUGUACAAGUGCAGUACUUUUCUUUAGAUAAGCUUUGUUGUUUUUUUUUAUAUUUUACUAGUUAUUAUAAAUAUUGUAAAGUCAUUCAGUGUUCAGAAAUAUACCAAAUAUGUUUUUGUAAGCUGCUAAAUAUCAAUAUUACCCUGCAUUAGCAGAGAAACAUGUUUUAAGUGCAUCAGCAGAGUUGUAAGCUGCUAACUAUCAGUAUUACCUCUGCAUCAGCAGAGUAACAUGUUUAUUAAAGCGCAGGUGUACCUAGGAAGUAUGUUUUUGUGUGAGAGAGAAAGAACUUUGAAAAUGUGUGUACAUGAUUAUUUUUUAAGUGUUUAUAUUUCUGUGUUAUUUUAUCAGCUCAUGAAUUUCAUAAAAACUUUGUCUUAAACAUCUUGUACUUAAAAAACGAAACAGUUUGUGCUCCUGAAAUGUGAAAUGUUUUGUUAUUGUAUAUUAAUAAGUAUUAAAAAGAUAUUGUUUUACGCCGAUGUGCUAAUUCAUGAAAAUGUUUCUUUAUUAUUUUGAGUUAAUAAAAAAGUAAUGCCGGAACACACACACACACACACACAUACAGGCUACACACACACAUACACACAGAUAUAGGCUACAUAUGAGAACGGUUGGUCGGUUGUUGAAAAAAAUCAAACAAGUGUUGGGGGGGGGCUUCAUGUUCUACAUAAAAAGGUAUCUGCUCUUUAAAAAAAAAUCAAACUACAUUCAAUGGUUCUAACUACGCCGCCUUUAAAAUGAAAUGCAUGUAUAUGUACAAAUGUACACAUCCGACAACUGACACGCAGACACUGGAGGAAUGGCCGCAAAAUAAAGUCUUUUAAUUAUAAGAACUGCCGGAAGGUUUAUGUCUGAAAUUAAAACAAAGAGAUUCCAAAUGAAAAACAUAUUG